AACAUCAAAUCUUUCAUCCUUUCCAAACCAACACACACAAAAAGAGAGAGAACCAAAAAAACAUGGCCUCCCAAACCAAUUCUUACACCGUUCCAGAAGAAGUGAUUGGGUAUCCUAUGCCACCGUCCUCAGCCACUCCUCCUCCUCGUCGUGGAUGGUGGACACGACCAAUAGUGACUUUUCCGGCAGAGCAUGAUCGUAAACUCAAUUGCAAGGAAGCUACGGCUUUUAUGACACCCUGUUGCGGCGGUAUAUUCACCGUCAUCGCCAUAAUGGUAUAUAUCUCUCACGUCAUCAAUGCUCACUGCGACGCCAAAUUCUCCCUCCAAUCCCUCACCGUCUCUCCAUCCUCCGCCACAUGGCACGUUGAUUUUCUCGUCAAAAACCCUAGCUCUAGGUAUACUAUCUACUAUGGAGACGAUGAAACUGCGGUGAGGCUCGGUUCCUUCAACGCUGCCGUUUUAAAUACUUCUCACCAACGUAUGUCUCGAAGUCACACGGCUUUCGCAGUCGAUUUCGUUGCCGAGGAUACUCAAAAUGCCGACGACGUUGGUAAGCAAUUAGAUAUCAAAUUAAGGGCUAAGCAUCAGGGUUACGGAGAGGAUUAUCCUGAAGCUGGACAUGUUGAUAUAAUGUGUCAUAAUCUGACCCGAAACCAUGAGAAGGUCGAGAAGAUUCAAUGUAUUUCCAAAAUUCACGGCAAAACCAGCAUUUGUUACGUGGAGCUUUUUGCCAAUUCCGUCUCCAUCUCAAACGCAAACGCUUCAGCCGCUGAUUGGAGAAUCGGUUUAGUUGCGAGGAGUCCAGUCACUGACUGCAAAAUCUCUCUAAUGAUACUCAAGUCGCGUUUACUACGUGGCGACCAAGUUAUCUCCAAUGCAUCAUCUCCUUCGUCAGGUUAUUCCGGAAAAGUUGUCGCCGGAGACAAAACAAAUGUUGUUUUCGAGAAGGUGGUGAUACCGGAAGUUAUUGGCGACAUUAUUUGGGAUUUUCGGGUUGAGAUUAAGUCUAUAGUGAGCACAAAUGCUGGACAUAUAAACGCUUUUAUGAUGGCGGUUUGUCCUGAUAUUCCGGUUAAAUUCACGACGGAUCCGGCUGGAAAUGUGAUGGGAUCGUUGCUUGGAAAUAUGAGACGGUGUGAUUAUAUAUAUUAAAUUCCGGCGUAACUUGGCUUAAU